AUGGAUUCCCCAACUAGUCAGUUAUCAAGCCACUCUGUUCGAAGAGGACCUACACUUCGAGGAGGUCGUUUUAGACCUCCUAUUGGAAGAAGUAUGCGCGUUCCUCAAAGACGAGAUUCAGUAGACGAAGAAGAGACAGUAGGAUUAGCAAAUGCUGGUGCUUACGACGAUGCAGAGAAAGAGACUUACGAAAUGAUGGAAGAUAUCACACAACACAAUGAAAAACUAGAAACAGAUGAAGAAGGAAAACCCAUCUAUCAUCAUGGUGAAGAAACAUUUGGUGAUAUCUUGACACAUCCCCAACAAGAGUUUCAUGCUCAUCAAGUACGUCGACAAAGCUACAGGGCUAAAUUAAACCGUUGGUCAAUAGCUCACAAUAGUGAGAGAGAGCAACAGCAUCAACACUUGAUAAGUUCUGAGCAUCAACAUCCAGUUCAUUAUUCGUUAGUUUUGCAUUUCCGUCAACUGCGGGGUAAUCAGCGAUUCGUACUGGAUCAUGAUGCAGCCAAUGAUUUUUGUCAAAGAUUGAAUUUGACUCCCAAAGAAAAAAUCCAGUUUAAUGGAGUCAAGGAUACAGAUGGCCUGACUGAUUUCCUUUAUAAGAUCAAAAAGGACUUCUCAAUCAAAAUCCAUCACAAAGGUGAAGGAGAGCAUCAACAUCAUCACCACCAUGGUCACCACCAUGACCCCGAUAACCAUACCAUCGAGUUCAGUGACAAUCUGUAUGUCGAAUUUAAACCAAAACACGAACACCAUGAUGUUAUGAUACCUGUGGAAGCAACGCGCCGUCCAUUCUUCCAACAUCCAGAACCUGAUUUGAGUGCAGAUAUUGGUGUCGAGAAAGCAGCGAGUUGGCUUGAAUUGUUUUAUGACUUGUUUUUUGUGGCUACUUUGACCCAGUUCACGCAUAGUCACCAUAUCAAAGAUUGGGAUUCUUUGGGCUUAUACACGCAAUGGUUUAUUAUCACUUGGUGGGCUUGGUGCGCAAGUUCUUUAUAUACAGCAAGAUUUGACACGGAUGAUGUUGUACAUCAUAUUUAUAGAUUAGUUGAAAUGUGUGCAGUUAUUGGUAUGGCUGGUUCCUCCGAAUAUUUUUUGAAUUCAAGGGGUUAUGUUUAUGGUUACAUAGCCCUGAAAGGCGUGCUUGCUUUAGAGUAUUUUGUUGUGCUUGUGGUCGCUGUGCUUACAAAGUCUAAGUCUCGAAUGGCUCUCUCAUUUUAUGUCGCCGCUAAUUUAUUGUCGAUCGCUUUAUGGGCCUCCUCAUUGGUCAUUCUGGAAAAAGGGAUCCAUCGUAUUCUUUGGUUCCUUGGUAUCUUUAUUGAGGUUUUGGUGAAUGUCAUUGUUCGUAGUGACAAGUCAUUGUCUUGGGCUGCUAGUCAUUUGGCUGAAAGAUUAGGUUUACUUACUUUGAUUGUGUUGGGUGAAAACUUGAUGGGCCUUGUUUCUCUGGUAUCAGAAGCAGGAAAUCAUUUGAUAAUUGUUAUUCCUAAUUUCAUGGCUGUGUUUAUUAUUUUUGGUUUCUUCUUUAUGUAUUUCGAAGACUUCAAUAAGGAGAUUUUCUUGCACAACAAAUAUCACCAAAUCUGGGUCUAUCUUCAUUUCCCUUUGCAUUUGUGUCAGGUGGCUUUUGGUAUUGCUUUGACGGAUAUUCUCAAAAUUUAUAAAUAUCAACUAAUCAGAGACAACAAGUUACCUGCUGAGGAAGAGCAAGCAAGUAGCGAAUCACAUGGUACUUCAACUACUAGCGAGACUCAUGACACAUCCACAGAGUCAAACAGUGAAUCGCACGACACCUCUACAGAAUCAAGUAGCGGAUCGCAAAGCACUUCUACAGAAGGUGCACACAAUACAGAAACAUCGACUGCCUCAACUGCAGAGACUACAACUGCAGAAGCCGUGCACCAUAAAGUCAAGCGAGCCAUUGGCAUGACCCAUACUGCUGAAGACGACUAUAAUCCCAUGGAGAUCACGCGUCAAUUGAACGAGCAACAGUCCGUUGUCACAACUGAAAGUAGCUGGCCUACCACUUCUGUACAUUGGACUGUUUGGUGCAAAUACCUAGCUACUUCUGUGGUCAUCUCUGCUAUGCACUUGAUUUCAGAAGAAAAGCCUCAACAAGAACAGCAUCAUCAUUUAAUGCGUAGAUCAGAGCAUGCAGCCACAGGUUCAUUUACUGAAUCCAUCACACAAUACGAAACAAGCUUUGUCUACAAGACUUUCCUUAUAUUUGCCGGCCUUAUUUUGAUCCUCAAUUCAAUGAUUAAGGCAUUGAAUACCAAGAUUUCAGAUUUGUAUGGAAAAAUCAUUAUUGGUUCUAGAAUCAUCAAUGCUAUUAUUUUAUGGUCCAUGUGUGCUCUUCCUUUUGCACAAUUAGAUGCUAUUGUGCUCUUAUGUACCAUGACAGGGUCUUUAAUCUUCCAAGGUAGGAAAGUAUGCAUAAAACAUAUGGGCUUAUAUUUUCUUUUCUUUUUUCUUAGCUAUGGUUGAUUUACUAGACUAAAAUCACUUUCUACUCCUUAAACAUUUAAUAAAAUCACACUUGACACUUGCCAAGAGAAUUACUUUGUCGGAAAAAAAAACCAAUAAUAAUAGAAAACAGCUCCCUUGAAUUCCUCAUGUCAAAAGGUGCUUCAGUACAACAGUUUGUUUCAUCUUUUGCUUCUAUUAGCUUAAAA